UUUAUUAUGAAAGCUACUAUGCGUCUUGAGUUUCUUGGAAGUUUGUUAGAAGUUUGUUUGUGUUGCUGAAAUUUUAAUCCUUUUAUGCGCGAUCUGAUCCUCGACUUGCUCUCCUUAACAAUCCAUUUGGCGAAUUCUAUUUGUAUUUCAACGGAUUAGCGAGAUAAAAGCGAUCUUCAACAGCAACAGCAUUAGCUGAUAGCUGAUACAAACAGAAACAAAAUAUGCACCGAAUCUUCGGUGUUAAGAAGCAGAAAGAUCCUCCUCCUUCUGUUCAAGAUGCUUCUGAUCGGAUCAACAAAAGAGGGGAUACUGUUGAUGACAAGAUUAAAAAGCUUGAUGCAGAAUUAGCUAGAUACAAAGAACAGAUCAAAAAGACUCGUCCAGGUCCUGCUCAGGAAGCAGUAAAGGCUAGAGCAAUGAGGGUACUAAAACAAAAACGGAUGUAUGAAGGGCAACGUGAUAUGCUCUACAACCAAACGUUCAAUCUUGACCAAGUUUCAUUUGCUGCUGAGGGUAUUAAGGAUGCUCAACAAACUAUGUCGGCACUGAAAGCUGCAAACCAGGACUUAAAAGGAAUGAUGAAGACUGUAAAAAUUCAAGAAAUAGAUAAUCUUCAAGAUGAGAUGAUGGACUUGAUGGAUAUGAGUAAUGAAAUUCAAGAGACACUUGGAAGGAGUUACAAUGUUCCUGAUGAUAUCGAUGAGGAUGACCUGAUGGGUGAGCUCGAUGCUCUGGAAUUAGACAUGGAAUCUGAGAGUCAGGGGGUUCCAUCUUAUCUACAGUCUGAACCUGAUGUGGAGGAAGAGCUCAACUUGCCGCCAGCUCCUUCUGGGCCUACCGGAGUCCCAACAGGAAAAACCAAUGUUCAGGCAGAGGAUGAACUAGGCUUGCCUGCUGUACCACGGGCAUCUCUUCGUAGCUAAGAGCAGUGCAAGAUCAUCCGAAGCAGCUUGUCAGUUGGAUGAAGUUGAUUUGAUACUACAAUCUCAUUGUGCAGGAUACUUGUGUAACCAUUUUAUAUGUGUGCAAUAUGAAUCUAAAUUUUUUAUUGGAAUAAAUAAAUGAAUUACAUUGUCACCUAUACAAAAAAGAAAUUUCUAUCCUAUAAAAAAAAUGAUUUAUUACAAAUCAUUUAAAACUUCUAUCCAAA